CCCGGCCACAGGAAGGUCCGCUUGUUGUCUGCGGCUGAGUGCGCAGCGCUCUAAAAUCCGCGGCGGGCACGAUGCAGCUACUGGUGAGGGUGCCCUCUCUCCCCGAGCGAGGCGAGCUGGACUGCAAUAUCUGCUACCGGCCCUUCAACCUCGAGAGCCGCGCGCCCCGUCGCCUACCUGGCACGGCGCGCGCCCGCUGCGGCCACACGCUAUGCACCGCCUGCCUAAGCGAGCUGGCAGCGCGUGGUGACGGCAGAAGUACGGCCGCGCGCGUGGUGCGACUGCGCCGCGUUGUCACGUGUCCCUUCUGCCGCGCCCCCUCUCCGCUUCCGCGCGGCGGCGUCACGGAGGUCGCUGUUGACCCGGGCUUGUGGUCACGACUGGAGGAAAAAGCGCGGGCUGCGCGCGAACGAGAUGCUGCAGGGAGCCUGGCCAAGGAAAACUGCGAUACCGAAGGAGAGACAGACGACAAAGAAGAGGAGUGCGAGGAGAGGGCGGGACCUAGAAGCGUGGGGUGGCGCGCGCUCCUGCGGCUCUGGGAUAGGGUCCUGGUGCCCGCGCGCCGCUGGCGGCGUCCUCUGCCUAGCAACGUGCUCUACUGUCCAGAGAUCAAGGACAUUGCCCAUGUAACCUGUUGCACGCUGUAAACGAGGAAUCUGGAAGCUACAGCAGAAGAAAGGUGGGAGCUGCAGCCUCAGGCGUACUCUAGUAAGGGGGACUGAUGUCAAGACUACCCCCUCUCUGAUCGCGGGAUUGGCACGUGAUGGAAUUGAGCCAGGGCAGAAGGAAACGCCCUGGGAGAUGCUGAUGCUGAGAUGGGAGCCUCCUAGACGAACUCGCCCCCAUCUAUUGAUUGCCAGCAUUACAUUUUCAGGCCCAGGAAUGAUAUAAACAAAGCCUACAUUACUGUGGGAAGAAAACAAACUGUUUUCUUAACUGUGGCUUUGGCUUUUGUCCAGGUCCGCUGUGGUGUGUGGGAGCAACAGGUCCCAUUUUAGCAGUUGUCAAUGGUUUGAACAUUUUAAAAAGAUGGAACGGGAAAGAGGCUUAUUUUUGUGUCAUGUUAAUUUCUGGUAUGCCUACUGUCUCCCCACUCCCAGUUCUGUUCCAGAAAUUACUGAGAUGCCUCCCUGCCUGUGAUUACGUUCUGGCCUCAUUUCACAAUCUCUCUCCAGCCUGUGAGGGCAGGUAUCAGAAGGUCCAGAAGGCAUCAUAUGAGGCACCUAAUUAGGGCUUAUCAAGGAUGGAACGGAGAGUCAUUUGACAUCAAAAUAUAAACUUUUGAUAUUAUCUGUAUUUUUUUAUAGUCACAGGGACACCCUGGCACUACCAAAAAGAGGUGCUUUUAUAAUUUUAAACUUGUGCCCUGUAAUGAAACCUAUUGCAUGUCCUAAAUGCUAUUUUACGACCUAUAAAUAUCUUACGAGUAGUGUCAUAAUCAAAGACCAGCAGUGUUGGUGUCAGUAUGGAGCUUGUUGGAAGCGUAGAAUCUCAAGAUCCUACCCAAAUUUACUGAAUCAUACUCUGCAUUUUAAUGAUCCUAUGUAACUUGUGUGCAUGUUAAAAGUUUAAGAAAUAUUGGUCAAGAUCCUAGACACACUCUAGGACAUCAUCAUCUGUGGACAGAUGAUUUAAAACACAAUUGAUAUACUAUCUUAUUGAUAGGUCUAAAUAACAUUCUAUUGAUGAAGAAGUUAGUGUUACACUUUUCUGAGUUAAAAAUGUUAAUUUAAGCUGGGUGUAGUGGUUCAUACUGGGUGUAGAGCACCUGUAAUCCCAGCUACUCAGGCUGAGGCUGAAGGAUCGCAAGACCCGGUCCCCUUCACCUCGAAACAAAACAAAACAAAAAAAGUGACAAGUAUGGGUCUCGGUUGUUUAGUUUUGUCUCCAGGCUUUAUUAUUAUUGACAAUCAUGAAAGUAUCCAUUUAUUUUUAAGCUAGAAACUUUUGUGUGUGCUACUGGGGAUUGAACCAGGCACUCUACCACUGAGGUACAUCUCCAACCUUUUUUUUUUUAUUUUGAGGCAGGUUCUCACUAAAUUGCUAAGGCUGGCCCCCUCAGCCUCAUGAGUCACUGAGAUCCCAGGAAUGCUCUACUCCUGGCUAAAUUUCUAUGUUUCUGGGUUUUAUUUGCUUGUUUUACAGUACUAGGGAUUGAACCCAGGGUACUUUACCACUGACCUACAUCCCCAGUCCUUUGUAUUCUGAGACACGAUCUUGCUAAACUGCUUAGGACCUAAGUUGCUGAAGCUGGCCUCAAACUUGGGAAUCCUGCCUCAGCCUCCCCAACAGCUGGAAUGUGGCAUGUGCCACUGUGCCUAGUUUUAAAAAUUUUUUUGACUUUGAGAUUGUCUGCCAAGUUACCAAAGCUGGCCUUGAACUUGUGAUCCUCCUGCUUCAGCCUCCUGAACUGCAGGGAUUAUAGGCAUGCACCACUACCCCUGCUAAACAUGUUUUGGCAUUUUCCUGUUCUUAAUUCUCAGUUUAAAUGUUCCCUCUUUUGAGAGCUCUCUUCCCCAUCCUUUGUAACAUAAUGCCUUAUUUUCACUUUUAUUUUCUGAUAUUUCACAUUUUAUGGUUGAACUCUACUGAGUAUAAGCUACAUGGGAGCAAUGACUGACUUGUGACUUUUAUCUCCAGGGCCAACCGCAGUGUUAAUGUAUAGUACAUAUCCAAUAAAUGUUUGUUGCCUUU